AUGGCUACCUCUACUGAGACUACAGAGAAAAAGGGCUCGCUGACUAUUGCUGGCACCGGUAUUGCCAGUAUCAAACACAUCACACUCGAGACACUGUCCUAUAUCAAAGAGGCUGAAAAGGUCUAUUACCUUGUCGCUGACCCAGCGACGGAAGCGUUCAUUCAGGAUAAUGCCAGCGGAACGUGCUUCAAUUUACACGUUUUCUACGAUACAAACAAGCAUCGCUAUGAUUCAUACGUUCAGAUGGCCGAGGUCAUGUUGCUCGACGUGAGAGCCGGGCACUCCGUCCUUGGAAUUUUCUAUGGCCACCCGGGCGUUUUUGUGUCGCCUUCCCAUAGGGCCAUUGCUAUAGCACGAGAGGAAGGCUUCAAGGCUCACAUGCUCCCCGGAAUAUCGGCAGAGGAUUACAUGUUUGCCGACAUUGGAUUUGAUCCCGCCACACAUGGAUGUGUGUCAUACGAAGCGACCGAGCUUUUGGUCCGAGACAAGCCGUUGCUUCCAUCGUCCCACAAUAUCAUCUGGCAGGUUGGAGCUAUUGGUGCUAACGCAAUGGUGUUCGAUAAUGGCAAAUUUAAUAUCCUUGUUGACCGCCUCGAACAAGUCUUUGGUCCAGACCAUAAGGUUGUGCACUAUAUUGGUGCUGUCCUCCCGCAAUCGACGUCGACGAUCGAAGCAUACACCAUCUCUGAUCUCCGUAAGGGCGACGUUGUGGAGAAAUUUUCAACGACUUCAACACUUUACGUGCCUCCAUCCGUUGAAGCCAGACUCAGCGGAAUAAUGGUUCGGGAGCUAGGACUUGAGGAUUCAGGAUUCCACACAAAGAGCAGUCAGUCACGAACGUUGUGGGCCGGACCAGUUACUAGCUCAGCACCGGCAUAUGGCCCUCAGGAGCGCAUUGUUAUUGCACAGAUAGACAAGGACGUUAUUCCUGACAGCCACCAGAUCCUUCAGGCUUCCGAUGCAAUGAAGAAAACGAUGGCUAACCUUGCACUAAACCCGAAAUUGUCGGAGGAGUACUAUGCAAGCCCAUCAACUGUCGUUGAAAAAGUGACUGGGCUUUCUGAACAAGAGAAGAAGGCACUUAUACUUUGUUCUGCUGGCGCAAUUCAUAUGGUAAUGGCGGCAACGCAAACCAACAUCGCUCAAGGACAUCAGUGGUCUGCUGAGGAGCUUGAGGCUGCAGGAACUCCUCAUCCUGCACUAGCUCUUCUAGUUGUUAUAAUAUGCCUUAUAUAG